GAGUUCUACACGUUCUUAAUUUUCUCACGGAAAGCUUCAUGAAGUUGCUGUGCCAGGUGUUGGGCGACCACUUGUCACGAUGAGCGCCCACAUACCGUCUAGGAGAAUAGCGUUAGUCGCUCCGUCGGCUCUGUACACUCUCGCGUCCUCAAACUCGUUGGCUACCUCGGUUCCGCUCGUCCAGAGUCAGCGUCGCACGAAAUGGUCCAUCUCUAACUGGUUCAACCGCGGCUCGAAUACUCGCCAGCCAGAAUCCAGCGGUCAAGACCUCGACGACCCCAAAGUCCGCGCCCGUGUCAUCGCCCAGCAACAGCAGAGCAAAGCACCCUCUCUUUCCGACUCGAUUUUCGAAGACGAAGUGAAAGCGGCCACGGGCGGACGCGAUGCAAAAGGCGCCGCACAAGCACGCCAACCGAAGGUCGCGCCCCCCGAGGCCGCUGCCUGGCGUAUCGAUCCGGACCCGCGCGCCCGGACCCGGUGGGAGAGGAAGAAAGUCAUCCAGAUGGUUCGCCAACGCACGGCCGCCGAAGAACCUUCUGCGUAUGCGAGGCGGAUGGAGCGCAUUGCGGCCACCGAAAAAGAGCUGCUGCACAGGAGCGCGUUCCUGGAGACCAGCGUGAAGAAGCUGGUGAUGCUCGCAAGGCAGAUCCAAGGCAAGACACUGGAAGAGGCCCUUGUGCAAAUGCGGUUCUCGAAGAAGAAGAUGGCGGCCGAGGUCAAGUUCCACCUCGAGGAGGCCCGCGAUCUAGCUGUCGUGAGCCGUGGCAUGGGCCUGGGUAAGGUCAACAAGGACGCGACCCCCACGCCCGUCAAGAUUCAAACCAAGGACGGGGAGACGAUCAAGGUGGACGACCCAUCGGGGCUCUAUGUUGCACAGGCUUGGGUGAACAAGGGGCCUAUUCGCUUCCGGCGUAUCGAGUACAAAGCCCGCGCCAGGACGGGACUCAUUCUCAGACCAUCGACGGGCAUUUCCGUCGUCCUCAAGGAGGAACGAACACGGAUACGGGAGCACAAUGAGCAGGUAGCCAAGGAGGCUAAGCGGAAGCCAUGGGUCCAUUUGCCGAAUCGGCCGGUUACUGCACAGAGACCGUACUAUUCGUGGUAGGAGUGCAAGACGGUCAUUCCCACUUCCAUUGCUAAGGAACCUUACCUUACAAACACCAUGUACACGACAUUGUAGACUACCGUACCUUACCUAGUAGGUAAGGUACCUUAACUUGCCUUACCUUAACCUCACAUGUACACUAUCGUGGCCGUCCUCAGAACGGGUAGAAGAAUAGGCUGCCACGCAUUGACUUUAUCGACCUCUAUGUUUUGUUUCCAGUUGCUUCAUUUGCCAGUGUGCUCUGGACCAUCUACCUGUUCUCCGUAUCUCCGUAUUAGGGACCUCAGUCUUCCUAAAAGGCGAAUCUAGACGUCGAGUGAGAUAAUAUUACUAGUACAGCAGCC